AUGAGAUUAUUCGGUUUCGGGGGGCUAAAGAUCGGCUGUUGGAGUCGGAAAGCCGUUUUGGGGCCCGGUUGCUACACAGACGUAGUGUGGUUCGUCCCAUCCUUGGUUCGUAGUGCCGGUGAUGUGCAGCUGCUCCUUUCAGCUCCCGCGACAGAUCUCGGCACCAGCCUUGCAACUCGAUUGGGAGAUUGGCAUCCACCAGCUCGCGGCACCGCCUGUGCCCGGAGUCUUGUUACUUGCCUGUCACCACUACCCACGCACCCAUCCCUAACGAUCCUCUAUCAACGGAUCCCGACCUUGGGCCGGGAUGGGGGCCCGUGCCGCGGCGGGAGAGCCAAGCUGUCACAUCUUGAAAUGGCGAAAAUUGCUAGAUACAUAGCAGAGGUCCCUUGUGCUUACCGCUUAAUAUUGGAUCGUUAUGGGAAAGGGGGGGCGGGGAGGGGGUCCAAGUGUGCGGGCUGUGCGGGGUGUGAAGUCAGACAUUUGAGGUGUCUGGGAUCAGGUAAGCCCGUGCAGAGGAGCCUUCCGGCGCUUACCGUAUCACUAGUCAGUCUCGCAGCCGAGGCGAGGCCGGCAGGUUACCGAAGCUACUGGGUGCACGGUUUUAUUGAUAGUCUGGCGUAA